UUUAGUUCAUAUAAGUCAAGUAAAUCACCCAUUUUAUCGGGGAAUUUGGGAUGCCACGGUACGAUUUCCCGCAUCAAUUGGCUGAAAUUCACCGGCGCAAAUCCUUCAACUGUAAUUCAAAUCUCGUACCAUUGCGACAAUGUCUCUCGUCUCUCUUAAAUUCUUGCUCUUCGCUAAAACAGCUUCUUCAGAUCCACGCACAGAUCAUAAUAUCAGGGCUUCAUCGCAAUUCCUAUAUUACAGACAAAAUCAUCCAGGUUUGUACUUCCGGUUCACUUCGAACAAAACAUCCAAUUCAUUCACUCAGCCACGGCUACAAUGUUGUUUGUUUCUCUGGAAAGUUGGAGCCUUUUUCAUGGAACAAUGUCAUAAAAGCCUACGCCACUUGUAAUGCCGACUGCUCGCGAAGAGAAGCGGUCCGGGUUUUCGUUGAUAUGCGUCGUUUGGGAAUUAGACCGAAUGAGCACACUUUCCCUUUCCUCUUCAAGGCGUGCGCUUCGUUUCUGGGAUUAGGCGUGGGGCGUCAGAUUCAUGGGGAUGUAUUGAAGCAUGGUUUGCAUUUCAAUGUCUAUGUUCAGAAUACUCUCAUUCAUUUCUAUGGAUGUUGUAAGAAGAUCCUGGAUGCGUACAAGGUGUUCGAUGAGAUGACUCACAGAACCGUUGUUUCGUGGAAUUCGGUGAUAUCGGCCAGCAUCGAGUGUUCUUGGUUUUACGAUUCGAUUGAGCUUUUCAUUAAGAUGAGAGACAGAGGGUUUGAGCCAGACGAGACUACAAUGGUGAUUGUGCUUUCUUCUUGUGCAGAACUCGGUAAUUUGAGCCUGGGGAAAUGGGUUCAUUCCCAAGUGAUUGCGAAAGGAAUGUCUGUGAAUUGCCAGCUAGGCACUGCUCUUGUCGACAUGUACGGUAAAUGUGGAGAUGUUGAUUACGCCAGCCUAGUUUUUAGAAGGACGGUACAUCGAAACGUGUGGACGUGGAGUUCUAUGAUCCUUGGGUUUGCUCAGCAUGGGUUCGCUGGAUACGCCCUUCAACUGUUCGAUGAAAUGAGAAGAAAUCAUUCGAUAAAACCUAACCACGUCACUUUUCUUGGAGUCCUCUGUGCCUGUAGCCACGCAGGAUUGGUGGAGGACGGGCGGUACUAUUUCAACGAGAUGAAGCAAGUGCACGGGAUCAGUCCAAGAAUGGUUCAUUUCGGUGCGAUGGUUGAUAUCUUAGGUCGUGCUGGUCUUCUAGAAGAAGCGUAUGCUUUUGUGACGAAAAUGCCCUUUGAGGCGGAUGCUGUUGUGUGGAGGGCGUUGCUCAGUGCUUGCACCAUUCAUGAUGUGAAUGACUGUACCGGUGUGGGUGAGAAAGUGAGACGGAGAUUAACCGAACUGGAGCCAAAGAGGUGCGGAAACUUUGUGAUGCUUGCAAAUAGUUUUGCUGAAGUGGGAUUGUGGGAGAAAGCUGCACAAUUGAGGAGCAGAAUGAGACGAGGAGGAUUGAAGAAGAUUGGUGGAGCGAGUUUUCUCGAGGUAGGUGGGUCCACCUUUAAAUUCUUUUCCGGCGAUUAUUCUUGUGUUCCGUUUAGUGAUAUCAUCUUGUUGCUGAAUACACUAAAUUUGCAUGCAAAUAUGAUUAGAUUUUAAUGAAUUUGGUCACUCCUGUCAAUGUUUUAUGACAUAUUUGCUAUUUUAGAUUUUUCUUUAAAAAUGCCGAAUCAUUAUUUAAGGUGCGUUUGGAUGGAAGGAUUAGGGGGUAAUUUCAAAUCCGAAUAACAAAUCCAUUGAGCUUGUUUGGAUAGAGUCAUUUGACAUCGUUAGCUCUCAUUUUUAGUUGCUUUUGAGCAAUGUUGGUGGAUUUCAAAUCCGUCAUUCCAAACGCAGCCUAAAAAGGUUUUGGAUUAUUUGCAACAAAGACGUGUAAGUACCGAUAACAAUGAUAGUAAGCCCAUUAAGACAACAAAGUCUAUACUUGCAGCUUCGAAACUAGGCUUCCUAGCCACGGAAGCAGAAUCGAAGUUGUGACGCUAAAAAGAGGCUCCAACGAGUGACAGAAGAGCCCCAAAAAAGGGUAGAGAUAACGCUAUAACGACACUGCUUGUGAGCAAGAUAGUUCUCGCGAAUAGACUGUAGAAUCUCUUCUUACUGUAUAUAUGAUUCUAAUGUUUUAAAAGUAGUAAAUGUACCGCGGAGAAAUGUCGUUGGUUCCUCGUUGAACUGUAAUAUAUAUUUGAAGUUCAUCGACUAUUUUUAUUUUUUAUUUUUAUUGAGAUAUAA